AUGGCCAUCGACAAGAAAACGGUCCUCAUCACCGGCUGUAGUGAGGGCGGCAUUGGCGCAGCCCUCGCUCGUGCAUUCGUCGCGCACAAUUAUCAUGUUUUUGCGACUCUGCGAAACACUUCCAAGGCCGGGAGCCUGGCCGCCACAUCUGGGAUUGAGAUCCUCGAGCUGGAAGUCACAUCGCAGGAGUCCAUCGAUAAAUGUGCCCGCCUCGUUGAAGAACGAACGGGCGGCACACUGGACGUGUUGAUUAACAAUGCCGGGGCCGACUUCGUGAUGCCACUGUUGGAUGUCGAUGUCCAGGCCGCGAGAAAGCUUUUUGAUCUGAAUGUUUGGAGCAUUCUUACCAUGACGCAAAAGUUUACGCCGAUGUUGAUCGAGACCAAAGGUUGCAUUUGUAAUAUAGCUUCCAUCAUGGCGGUAGGCCCAUUUCCGUGGUCUGGCGUCUACUGCACUUCCAAAUCAGCCGCCGUCAUGAUCUCCGAGACUCUUCGCUUGGAGUUGCAACCUCUGGGUGUUCGAGUUGWCACUGCGAUGAUCGGUGCAGUAGAGACUCCCAUUCACCAGAAUUCGGGAGACUUGGAGCUGCCGGAAACAUCUUACUACAAGUCUGUAAAGGAUGUCAUUAGUGCGGUGAACCGAGGAGAGAAGAAAACCAAUUCGCAGCCGGUCAAUGUCACCGCUCGUGCCGUUGCCAAUGAUAUCGUAGCAGGGAAGAGCGGCAAGAUCUGGAGGGGUAGGCAGGCAUCCUUGCUGAGCUGGGUCUCCAGCUUACUGCCCUAUUCGUUCUUGGUAAACGCAAUCAGCAAGGGCAAGGACUUGGAGAAGGUCAGGGCUCCGAGAAGGUCUGCGAAAUGA